AUGGAGGAAUUCAACAUCAAGCAGGUCGCUGAACAUAACAGCCCCGAGGAUGCAUGGCUUAUCGUCCAUGGCCAAGUGUACGACGUCACAAAGUAUCUGGCAGACCAUCCUGGCGGCGCCGAUGUCCUCACAGAAGCAGCCGGUACAGAUGCUAGUGAGGACUUCGACAACGCUGGACACUCAGAAGAUGCCUUCGAUAUCAUGAAAGACUGCUGCGUUGGCAAGGUCCAGGGCUUUGAGAAGAAGAAGCCCAAGCUUAAGCCACUUGCACCCGUAAAGCCAGUGAAGGUCCAGACCGGAGGACCUUCAUCAGUCUCGGCGUUGAUCAACUUGGGCUUCAUUGUCUGCGCUGGUGCAGGAGCUUACUACUUUGGUCAGCGCCAAGGAUUCACCGUACCAAACUGGCUGUUGGCGUCGCUACGCAGUGAUUCGGCUGGCUCAAGUUUCAUCAAAGGUAUCAUUGUCGGAGGUGGAUCCCUCGCAACCGCCAAUGCCGUCGCUGCACAGCGAUUCACCAGUAUGGCCAUGAAAAGCAAGCCCUUCACAAGCUAUCCUGCCCAUAUGAAGGUGCCUAAGCGAGCCCAAGAAGAUACCUUGUUGCAGAGAGGACUUUUGGACCCUGUCACCUACUCGCCACUUCCGCUGAAGCAAAAGACCCUCAUUGCACCAAAUGUCUACCGCUUGACAUUCGGUCUUCCAACCACGAGCACCAUUCUUGGCCUGCCAAUUGGUCAGCACGUCACUAUCAAAGCCGACAUUGAUGGAGAAAGUGUCGCGCGAUCAUAUACACCAGUAUCUAACAACUCCGACCUUGGCGUUCUUGAACUGGUUAUCAAGGCAUACCCAGAUGGUAAGCUCACAAGCAAGUUUCUGGCGAAGCUAGAAGUCGGGGACGAGGUCCUCUUCAGAGGUCCAAAGGGAGCAAUGAAGUAUCAACCAAACCUUUGCAAGAAGAUCGGCAUGAUCGCAGGUGGUACGGGUAUCACCCCGAUGUUCCAGGUCAUCCGUGCUAUCUGCGAGCAUGACCGCGACACAACAGAGAUCUCUCUCAUCUAUGCCAACAGAACAGAGCAGGAUAUUUUGCUUCGUGAAGAGUUGGAUAGGUUUGCCAGGAGAUAUCCCAAGAACUUCAAGGUGUACUACAUGCUGGAUCAGCCGCCGCCUAAUUGGGAGUUUGGAUCUGGGUACGUAACUCGGGAGUUGAUCAAGGAGAGGCUUCCCUCGCCCGGUGUUGAUUCAAAGGUGUUUCUGUGUGGGCCGCCUGGAAUGGUGAAUGCUUCAAAGAAGGCACUUGUUGACUUGGGUUUUGAACAACCCGGGGCGUCAGCCAAGAUGUCGGACCAGAUUUUUGCAUUUUAG